AUGGGAUCGCUAAGAUCAUUCAUCAAAGCCGUAAGGAAGGCCAAAACAAUUGCUGAUGAAAGAGCAGUAAUUCAAAAGGAAUCAGCAGCAAUUAGAACUUCAUUUAGAGAUGUUUCAUUAGAUCAUACAACAAGAAGAAUUAAUAUAUCUAAAUUAUUAUAUCUUUAUAUAAUGGGUGAAAAAACUCAUUUUGGACAAGUUGAAUGUUUAAAAUUAUUAGCAUCACCAAGAUUUGCUGAUAAAAGAUUAGGAUAUUUAGCUUGUAUGUUAAUAUUAGAUGAAAAUCAAGAAGUUUUAACAUUAUUGACAAAUUCAUUAGAUAAUGAUAUGCAACAUCCAAAUGCUUAUAUAGUAGGAUUAGCACUUUGUUGUUUAGGUAAUAUAGCAUCACCAGAAUUAGCAAGAGAUUUAUAUCAAAAUGUUGAAACUAUAUUAGAUUCAAAAAAUAAUUUUUUGAAAAAAAAAGCAUGUUUUGUUGCUGCUAAAUUAAUUGAAAAAGAGCCAGAUUUAUCUGAAUUUUUUUUACCAAAAGCAUUAGAUUUAAUAAAUGAAAAAAAUCCUUCUGUAUUAUUAGGAACUUUAAGAUUAAUUCAAUCAUUACAUUCAAUUGGAGAAACUAGUAUAAAUUCAACUAUACCUAAAAUUGUAAAUCAUUUAAAAAGAAUUUCAACAAGUGGUUAUCAACCUGAUUAUGAUGUUAUGGGAACAACUGAUCCUUUUUUACAAGUUAGUCUUUUAGAAACUUUAAGAAUUCUUGGUGGAUCAUCUGAAGAAAUUAAUGAUAUUUUAACACAAGUAGCUUCAUUAGAUAGUGGUAAAAAUUCAGCAAAUGCUAUAUUAUAUGAAUGUGUUAAAACUAUUUUUACAAUUGAUUCAGAUCAAUCAUUAAAAAUUUUAGGUGUUAACAUAUUGGGUAAAUUUUUAUCAACAAAAGAUAAUAAUACAAGAUAUGUUGCAUUAGAUACUUUAUUAAGUAUUGUAAAUAUUGAACCAUUAGCAGUUCAAAGACAUAGAAGUACUAUAAUAAAUUGUUUAACUGAUGGUGAUAUUUCGAUUAGAAGAAGAGCUUUAGAAUUAGCAUUUGGAAUUAUAAAUGAACAAAACAUCAGAGUUAUAACAAGAGAAAUUUUAACAUUUUUAGAAACUUGUACAGAUUUUGAAUUAAAACUGUAUGUUACUUCACAAAUAACCAUAGCUGCUAAUAAAUAUUCACCAAAUGAUAAAUGGCAUUUUGAUACAUUAAUUAGAGUAUUAGAACAUGGAGGAAAUGCUUUAACUAAUGAUAUAAUGUCAAAUAUAUUAGCAUUAAUUCUACAGUGUGAAGAUCAAGAAUUAAAAAAACAUGUUGUUUUAAAAUUAUAUGAAUCAAGUUUAAAAGAUAAUAAUCAAUUUGGAUUAAUAUUAAUUACAAGUUGGGCACUUGGAGAAUAUGGUGAUUUAAUUUUAAAUAAUGAAAUAACUGAAUCUUCAAUAACUGAUUUAUUUGAUAAUAUAUUAGAAAAUUCAACAUUUAGUUCAAAUGAGAUAAUUCAAUUAACUAUAUUUAUAUUAACAGCAGUAUUAAAAUUAUCAUCAAAAUUUAAAAAUCCAAAAACAAUAGAAAGAUUAAGAAAUAUAAUAUCCUCCAAGACUUAUGAUUCGAAUUUAGAAAUUCAAACAAGAGCAGUUGAAUAUCAAGAAAUAUUUGGUCAAGAUUCAAAUUUGAAAAAGGGUUUAUUAUCAAAAAUGCCCCCACCACCUAUAAAACAACGUGAAUCAUUAAAAUUACAUAAAAAUAACACUAGUAACAAUCAAACAACUAACAACAAAAGAAUUGAUAAUAAUAACCUUGGUGAUACACAAAAUAACUUAUUAGAUUUAAUAGAUAUAGAUGAUUUACCACCAACAUCACAAGAUAAUGAUGUAUUAUCAGAUAUAUUUGGAGAUAAUUCAACAACAACAACUAACAAACCAUCAUCAUCAAUUAAUGAAAUAAAAGCAUUUGAAAAUUCAAAUUUAAAAGUUUCAUUUAUACCAAAAAAAAUAUCAUCAGGUGAAGCAAUAAUUGAAACAAAAAUAACAUCAACACAAACCAUAACACAAAUUCAAUUAUUAAUUGCUGUACCAAAAACUCAAAAAUUAAUAAUUACUUCAACAUCAGGUGAUUCUUUAAAUAUAAAUCGUUCAAUAAUUCAAAAUUUAAAAAUUACUGGUAAAGAAGGUUCGAAAUUAAAAUUAAGAGUUAAAAUUAAAUAUAAAUUAAAUAAUGAAUUUAUUGAAGAUCAAUUUGAUUUUAGCGGAUUUAAUAAAACAAUAUAA